AGGAAUAUAGUGCGUCAAUGGCUAUAGGCUUUGUGCGGCGUUACUACACCUAGCCAUGAGAGUCACGUUUGGGAUAUAAGAUGGCCAGUGGAGUAUGAUUCACACACAGGUGAUAUUGUUCCAGGAAUUGAUGUGCUUUCAAUUGACGGGUCAAUAUGCUGCUGCACCUGUGCAGUGUUAAGAACUUGUACCAAAACAGGUUUCUAGGCCUGGCUGCUAUGGCAUCACCAUCCAGGAGUUCUCAGAACAGACGUCGAUGUAAAGAGCCAAUGCGAUAUAGCUACAACCCUGAGCAGUUUCAUAAUGUUGGUGUCCGGAAUCAAACCCAUGAAGCCAUCACCAUGCCAAGAUCUAACAGUGACACAGACCUGGUUACCUCAGAUAGCCGCUCAACGCUGAUGGUCAGCAAUUCUUACUAUGCCAUUGGGCAGUCUCAGAACAUUGUAAUUUGUUGGGACAUUAAAGAAGAGGUAGAUGCCGGAGACUGGAUCGGAAUGUAUCUCGUAGAUGAGGUGCUUUCUGAAAACUUUCUGGACUAUAAGAACCGAGGAGUCAAUGGCUCCCACAAAGGUCAGAUUGUCUGGAAAAUUGUUGCCAGCUCGUACUUUGUGGAACCGGAAACAAAAAUCUGCUUUAAGUAUUAUCACGGAGUGAGUGGAGCUCUACGGGCCACAACUCCCAGUGUGACUGUGAAGAACCCCUCUGCUCCUGUCUUUAAACCCAUCACCAGUGAAGAAGUGGCACAGAGUCAAGGGAGUCGAAGACUGAUCAGUUUUUCUCUGUCAGAUUUUCAAGCUGUGGGACUGAAAAAGGGAAUGUUCUUCAAUCCAGACCCUUACCUGAAGAUUGCCAUCCAGCCUGGGAAACACAGCAUCUUCCCAGCUUUGCCUCACCACGGACAAGAGAAGAGAUCUGGGAUAGUCUACAACACCAUCAACCCUGUCUGGCAAGGACAGCAGUUCAGUUUCGUCUCCGUGCCCACGGAUGUGUUGGAGAUUGAAGUGAAGGACAAGUUUGCCAAAAGCCGGCCGAUCAUAAAACGCUUCCUGGGAAAGCUCUCUAUGCCAGUGCAAAGGCUUCUGGAGAGACAUGCUAUAGGGGACAGAGUCUUGAGCUACACCCUGGGCAGGAGGCUGCCAACAGAUCAUGUCAGUGGGCAGCUGCAGUUCAGAUUCGAUAUAACAUCUUCCAUUCAUCAAGAUGAUGAAGAGGUCUCAAUUAGCACUGAACCUGAAACAGCAGCUGCCCAGGAGGAUCAGGUAGAGGACUUGGAUGCAGAUCCUUGCUGCGAACCUCAAGCAGCUCAUAGUGUCAUCAUGGAGCCUGCAGCGCCAGAGCAGAUAAAUGGUUGUGAUGAAGCCUCUCUGAAUACAGGUUCCAGCAGUCCUGAGGCUGCAACUUCAAUUAAUGAAAUCAGCCAUCUGGCUAUUAGUGAAGUCCAGAGUGAAGAAAAGGAAGAAAGUGAACCAAAAGCAGAAGAGACAGGUAUUAGGGAUCUUACACCAAAUGAAGAGCAACCACCGUCAGUCCCUCAAACAGUAUCAGAAGACCAAGAUGUAUGUGUCAACUUACAGGUGGAAAAUGAAACAGAUGAAGGUAAUACUCAUAGAGAGGAAUUGGGGGAAGCCCCUUCAGAACCUCCAGCUGAUAUGGACAAUUCAGACAGCACAGUAAGCGAAGCGGCAGUAGAGGACAAAGAGGCAUCAGUUGAACAAAUGGGAGGCACUUUGGAGCAGGAAGAGGAAGAGGACGAGGGCUGUUCACUGCGGAUGAGGACAGCCCUAAAACGGAAAAACAGGCCUUGCUCGCUGCCUGUCUCCGAACUGGAGACAGUCAUAGCCUCUGCCUGCGGGGAACCCGAAACACCGCGCACUCACUACAUCCGCAUUCACCAUUUGCUUCACAGCUUGCCCUCGGCCCAAAUGAGUGACGAUACUGAGGAGGACAUUGCCAACCCUGAUUCAGAGGAUGUGACACUGAAGCCAACAGAAGAGAAGGACCUAACAGAUCGAACAGAAGAUAGUUCCUCUGAGACUCAGUCCCACAGCAUCACCUUGGACUCAGACAAUUGUGGACGAAGGACUUUACCCCGCAGCUUGUCCAUUGAGCGCCUCUCAGACUUGAACCAGCUGCUGGAAAGUGAGCAGCCGAGGAUGGAGAGUGAGAGCGAUUCAAGUCUGAGGCCGCCAGGGGAGAAUGACUGUGACAUGUGUGACACCUCCUGUUACAGCACCUCCUGCUACAGCACGUCUUGUUACAGCACCUCCUGCUACAGCAACUCGGGCUACGAGGGUGCCAGCCGCUUCUCAAGCCAUACCCGUUUCUCUUCGGUGGACAGCGCUCGCAUUUCCGAGAGCACAGUCUUUUCCUCGCAAGACGACGAAGAAGAAGAGAACAGUGCCUUUGAAUCAGUUCCUGAUUCAGCACAGAGCCUGGACCCCAACGAUCGGGAGACAGGUCACAGCACCACCCAGUGGCCAGAAGACCAGAUUGCGCAAGAUGGGAGUCCACAGAGUAACACUGAAAGUGGCGAAUCUCCAGUGGCAGGACCAAGCAAUAGAACGGAAGGCGAUUGCCCCUUGCCAUCCAGUCAUCCACCAGUCAGCCAAGUGCCUGCUUUGCGACCUGAUCCCCACCAUUACCCAACUAUUGAUGAACUGUUGCCACCAAAUUGGGAAGCGAGAAUUGACAGCCACGGAAGAGUGUUUUACGUGGAUCAUAUAAACCGAACAACAACCUGGAAACAGCCCACAACAGCAGCCACUCAAGAUGGGAUCCGGCGGUCAAGUUCUGUACAUCAAAUGGAACAGCUGAACAGGAGGUACCAGAACAUUCAGAGGACUAUUGCAACAGAGAGAACAGAGGAUGAGGCAAGCAGUCAGAGCAGCGAAAGACCAGGGACAACUGAAACUGAUUCAGAUUGCCCACUGCAAACCACAGAAACAAGAAGAGAAGGGCCCUCAUCUCCUGUCAAUAGUCAGAAGAUCACCCUGUUACUGCAGUCCCCAGCUGUCAAGUUUAUCACACACCCCGAGUUCUUCACAGUGCUCCAUGCAAACUAUGCUGCCUAUCGCUUGUUUACGAGCAGUACUUGCCUGAAGCACAUGAUUCUGAAGGUCCGCAGGGAUGCUCGCAACUUUGAGCGCUAUCAGCACAACAGGGACCUGGUGACAUUCCUCAACAAGUUUGCUGACACUCAACUGGAGCUGCCACGGGGCUGGGAGAUCAAAACUGACCAGCAAGGCAAGUCCUUUUUUGUUGACCACAACAGUCGGGCCACAACCUUCAUCGAUCCCAGAAUUCCUCUUCAAAAUGGCCGCUUGCCGAACCAUUUGACACACAGGCAGCAUCUGCAGAGACUUCGCAGUUACAGUGCUGGAGAGGCAUCCGAGGUGUCCAGAAGUCGAGGGGCGUCUUUGUUAGCAAGACCUGGCAAUAGCCUGGUAGCGGCAAUCAGGAACCAAAAUCACCAUGAUGCAGUACCAUUAGGCUAUAAUGACAAGAUAGUAGCUUUCCUUCGCCAACCGAACAUUUUUGAGAUACUUCAGGAGAGACAGCCAAGCCUGGCUAGAAACCAUGCACUGAGGGAGAAGAUUCAUUACAUAAGAACAGAAGGCACUCACGGAGUAGAAAAGUUAUCGUGUGAUGCAGACCUAGUCAUUUUGUUAAGCCUCUUCGAAGAAGAGAUCAUGUCGUACGUCCCGCCACAUUCCUCAUUUCACCCCGGCUUCAGCUUCUCUCCCCGCUGCUCUCCUGGGUCCUCACCUCAGAACUCCCCAGGAUUGCAGAGAGCUGGUGCCAGGGCUCCUGCACCGUACCGCAGAGAUUUUGAAGCAAAGCUCCGCAACUUUUAUAGAAAGCUGGAGGCAAAGGGCUAUGGACAAGGGCCAGGAAAAAUCAAAUUGAUUAUCCGUCGAGAUCACCUACUGGAGGGCACUUUUAAUCAGGUGAUGGCCUACUCACGCAAGGAACUCCAGAGAAACAAGCUCUAUGUCUCAUUCGUGGGUGAGGAAGGCUUGGACUACAGUGGACCCUCAAGAGAAUUCUUCUUCCUGCUUUCCCAAGAACUGUUCAACCCCUACUAUGGCUUGUUUGAGUACUCUGCCAAUGACACGUACACAGUGCAGAUCAGCCCCAUGUCAGCAUUUGUCGAAAAUCAUCUGGAAUGGUUCAGGUUCAGUGGCCGUAUCCUUGGCCUGGCGCUGAUUCACCAGUAUCUGCUGGAUGCUUUUUUUACAAGACCUUUCUACAAGGCUCUGCUGAGACUACCGUGUGACCUGAGUGAUCUAGAGUACCUUGAUGAGGAGUUCCAUCAGAGUUUACAGUGGAUGAAGGACAAUGACAUCACUGACAUCUUGGACUUAACCUUUACUGUAAACGAGGAGGUGUUUGGACAGGUUACAGAAAGGGAGUUAAAAUCUGGUGGCGCCAAUCUGCAAGUGUCGGAGAAAAACAAAAAGGAGUACAUAGAGCGAAUGGGGAAAUGGCGAGUGGAACGAGGAGUGGUUCAGCAGACAGAAGCUUUGGUUAGAGGCUUCUAUGAGGUUGUGGAUUCAAGGCUAGUGUCGGUUUUUGACGCCCGGGAACUGGAGCUCGUUAUAGCCGGCACCGCUGAGAUUGAUUUGAAUGACUGGCGAAAUAACACUGAGUACCGGGGAGGUUACCAUGAUGGUCACAUUGUAAUCCGGUGGUUCUGGGGAACGGUGGAGCGUUUUAACAAUGAGCAGAGGCUGCGGCUGCUGCAGUUCGUCACCGGCACCUCCAGUGUACCCUACGAGGGGUUUGCCGCUCUCAGAGGAAGUAAUGGACUCAGGAGAUUCUGCAUAGAGAAGUGGGGCAAAAUUACUUCUCUUCCCAGGGCACACACGUGUUUCAACCGCCUUGAUCUCCCUCCCUAUCCAUCCUACACAAUGCUAUAUGAGAAGCUGCUGAUCGCCGUGGAGGAAACCAGCACGUUUGGGCUGGAGUGAAGACCAGAGACUGAUGUCCAAUUCAAUGGUUGCUGACAUUACCCUUUUCAUAUUAUUUAAUUUUAAGAAGACAAUAUCGUCUUUUUUUUCUUCUUUUUUUUCAAAUAAAUAUGGAAUUAUAAAUCAGGACUGAAAAGAACCUCUGCAUGUAUAAAUCACCAGAUAUAAUGUAACCGCCCUGGGGGCUUGCAAAAACCAACAUAAGUUGUAUAUGCAAUAGCAAAUAACUGUCUCCAGCCUUCUCAAAGCCUUGGCGUAACCCCCAUCGAUACAAUCACACAGGUUUUACUACAAAGCAAACACAGCUGCCCUUCACCGUCCCCUUCAUUGCACCAGAACAAUGCAAGAAUUGACAUAAAACCCAUUGUCUUCUGCCAGGUUUUGCCUUUUGGGUCAAAGGUAGAUUGUUACAAGGUAACACUAUCCACCAUUGCUCAUCUCUGACCAACCCAUUGUUGCAUCACUCUUACUUCUGAAGACUUUUGCAGAUUGACUGGAGGAAAAAAAAAUGACUGUGGAAUUAUUUUGUACAUUACAUUUAAAAUCUUUUGCAAAAAAAGAAAUGGAAGAUUAUUAUUUUUUUUUUUAUAUAAACUAUUGCUUUACACACCAAGAGGUCAUGUUACUUAUUAGCGUAUACAGUAUGUACCCUUUCUACCAUGCAAGGAAGUGUAGUUUGCUCUUCGGCAGUCCAGAAGGCAUCUUUGUGUUUGCUGCAGUAGAAGCAUAAGAUCUGCAAAUCCAGGAAGCAGUCUCAUUCAUGGGGUUUCCAUGCAAGUUUUUUUUUUUAACUCAAGAUAAUUACACGAGAAAAAUGUCUCAUGUAAAAUGCUUUUUUGGGUUUCCAUUCGCUCAGUUUAUUUUACUCGAGUAAACCGGGCUUUUCACCCGACGUCAUGCAAAUGAAUGGGUGGGGGUUGAUAUGUAAAUUAACUAUGCGUAAUGUACUUGUGCUGUUUUUGAAGAUUACUAGUGACAUUUUGUGAAAAUGUGGUUUCCAUGCGCAGAGAACUGGUACACGAGUGAAUCUAAGCUGCUGUAAUAAAGCAAAAUACCCUGUGCCUGCUUGGUUAAUAAUGUGCUUAACUGCUCUUGACCAAAUUGUUUUUCAAUUUGAGGAGGCUCGUGGUGUCAGAGAUGCUCUCCUUUCUUUUAAGUUGAGUUGGAUUUACUGCUGUGUUAAAUAUUAAUGAUGCAAACAAAUAAAACACAAUCAAUACGUUAAUUUGCAAUUUUAUUUGGUCAGUUCUGAGAGGACAUCAACAACUUGGAUGUUGUUGCGUUGUUUUGGGCGAUUGAGCUGGCUCAUGACAUCCAGUUCACAAACUAUUUAUUAAUGUGGAGGGCAGACACGCAUUGUCUUUGGACAUAGCUGGGAUCAAAAAAAGAAUGGGAAUAAAUUCAGUUAAGCAGGUCACUUUCUCUUCGUGUUUAACUUUAGCUUAGUUUUUACAGCUAGGGUAUUCUCAAACAGCUGCUUUAAUACUAUAACAAAUGCAUAACGCAGUUUGUGGUAAGUGGUUUUAUACAAAACUGUAAACCCACAAGAUAUAUACAACUUAACAGACCAGACACAGCAAAAAACAAUAAUAAAAAAAGGCUGCCCGCAUUAGUAUUAAGGUGAACUACACCACUGCUAACCAUAAAACCACCCAUCAGCCACUACUUUCUGCCGUCUUGGAAUCCACAGUAACAACUGACCUGAUUCCUUGCAUUUACACGUGAAAUGCAGGUUUCCAUGCGAAACUGGGCGUGUGUUUCGUCAUUUACACAAGUAAAUGAGAUUUACCCUAUCCCUAUCUUUGGCUGUUUUUUUUGGCCACAAACCUGAUUUACACGAGUAAUUCUCCCAAACGUGCACGCACAUCGCCAUUUCACGUGUAAAUUGACCCGCAUGGAAACCCCAUGAUUGUCAAACAUUAUGGACAAAUGCUUAUAUAUGAUAAUAAUGUUGCAAUUUGGUUAUUAGGAUUUAUUUUAUUUAUUUAUUUAUUUGUGUGUUUCCUUCCUUUUCCUGCAAAACUUCUGACUGAAAACGUCUUAUUAAAUAUCAGAAUCUAUUUUUGGAUUAUUUAUUAUUGCCAGGGAUGUAGAUUUUUAUUUGUGUUUUUACUGAUGGGUUCUGAGUUCAUGUCUUCGUAGUGGCUGCAGAAUUUAACAGUUAAAGAAAUAGAGAUCCUGCUGAAAUAAAAAGACGGAUGAGCAAUCCUCAUUUUUAGUAACAUAUCCCAAAUGAGUUAUAUUCAAUUGAAACAGUUGCAGAUCUAAUUGUGUACUACGAUAUACAAACAAAUAUUGUAGUGUAUUUUAUCUAUGUUAACAGAGAAGGAGGACACCUUGUACAGGACACUAAGGCAACAAGGAGGCCUAGUCACUACAGAAUGCAGCUUUUUUCCUUAUUUUUCUGUGAGCUUGACAGGGCUAAAGUUUGCUUAAAGAAGACAAUUUUGUUGUAAGGGAAUCUGAAAUUGAAUAACGCUAAGCCUUAAGUCUACAGAAGUCUACUGAAAGAUAAAUGAGUUAAAGAGAGAGAUUGAUGUGUUUCUUUAGAAUAAUUGAAUACAUCUGGGGAGAAAGCAGGAGCAUGUCUUUCAUACAAUGCCAUCAGUCCUUAUCAAGUUGGCCAAAUGGCCUCUUAUGCCUAUACAGACCAGGGAGCAAUGCAAAAAAAAAAGAAAUGCUCUUGGUCACGUGGGAUUAAGCCAGCUGUACUUCCUCUUACAGUAGGAAGUGUCAAGUUUGAUUUGUGAUGUGCAACCUUUUCAGUUAAAAAGUUGCCAAAUGUUAAUAGAUCCUUAAUAAGAAAAACAAAACAGUAUAUGUAACAGUUUUUUUUUUAAAUACAUUGAAUGAACAUUUCAGUACAUACAACCCCCAUAUAAUGUGCAAAUUUGAGUACUAAAUAAGCGACCCACACAAUAAUAGUAGGUCACCAGCUGUUCUGCCCUUAAUAGACCCAUCUAUUAAUAUCCUUUUAAUGGAAGCGAUUAUUAAAACAAAUAGUAUUUGUGUUGAAAGAAUGAUCUCCCUUUAAUGUACAGAAGCUAUUUUUCGAUUUCAGCCUGUUCAGUUUUAUUUAACUAUAGUACUGUCAGCAGGCCAUUGCUGUAUUCCAUGUGGUGGUGCCAGACAGACUAGAGGCCGGCUGAUGUCCGUGCCCAGGUGAAAACUGUAAAUUGAAUAAUUGUUUUGUAAAUUAUGCUAAUUCUGUAACAAAGAAAUUGGCAUUCUUUAGCCAAAAAAAAUAACCUGAAUAAUUUCAUGUUGGGGUUAUCGUUAAUUCUAUGUUGGUUUACCCAACAAUGUUAAAAAUUAUGCUGUUUGGCAAGAAAAGCUUUCAUCUGCACUAGGAGGUGAAAUCUAAAGAAAAGUCAAAGGAAAAUGACUCAAGAAAAAAGAAUUAGCUACAUUUGUUUGGCUAUGUGACAGUUUAUAAAUCUAUAAACGAUUACAUUUAUAAACCGGGGAUAUAGAUUACACAUAAAUAUUUAAUGAAUCCAUCACCAUAUCUGCUUGUUUGUGGCAUUGAAAAUGAGGACAUAUGGGAACAUAAAAAAAGGUUGGAUCUUGGGGCCUCGCUACAAAAAUAUUAGCCACGUCAAACAAUGACAUGAAGGCCUAAGAAUAGUUCCAGUAUUAAAGUGAAAAACGUUCUCCUUAGAUAAAAAAUAAUCCCAGUGUCAAACAACUAAGCAUUAGAAAAACUGAAUAUAAAAUAUCCACCCAAACUUGUUGCCAUAGAGUUUUUGUUAUAUUUAUUUAUUUAUGUCUUUGUUUGUUUAUUUGUUGAUUAAUUAAUUUAUCUGUUCGUUCAUGUGACUGUUUUGCCACUGAUAUUCUCCUUUCAUCCACAUUACACACAUGUAAAUAACAAUAAGAAAAUUAAUAAUAUUUCAAUCAAGUUCCUGCAGAGUUGUUGUAGAAUGUAACGUACAAGUAUUUUUUAUUGAAGUUGUGUUUAAAAGAUAUCCUAAAAGGAGAAUUCAUUUUUUUCCUCCAUCCCCUUUUCACCUGCAUAGUGUGUAAACCAUGUCUAGAUAAGGUACUGUUUUCAGAAGAACUGGUGCAUUAUCCAAAAUGAGCUUCAGGUUCAGUGUUAAACGACAGAUUUAAAUUGACUUGUAGAUGUCCACAUUUGAUUAGUUUAUGAGAUUACUCACACUGGUCUCUUAACAAGGGUGAACUCAUGUAAUGGCUGAUUUGCUUUGUUUUAAUAACAGGUCACUUAAUUCUCAGGCUGUGCUUUCUGUUGAAUCAUAUCACUGUAGAGGAAUGUCAAUAAAUGUCAAUCAC